AUGUUUCAACGGUUUCUCGAGCUUUACGAUUAUGUACAAAUCAUAAUGUUGGAUCAGGAUCGCGCAUCUGAAAUGGUUAAGCAAGAUAGUAAAAGGAAUUUGGAGGAGGUUGUGAGGCUGCUACAACCACUUAAUGAGGUGACAGAGGAUUUGAGCGGAGAAAGUUAUGCAACAGUAAGUCGAGUGUUGCCCAUUAUAAAUUGUCUUACCAAUUGCCUCACUUCCAUCAAACCACUAUCGUCGAUUGGGAAAAAUCUCCAAGGAUCCUUGUUGUGCGAAAUCCAGUCUCGAUUUGAUAGUUACCGAGUCUCACCAAUCUACGGACCAAGUAUGUUUUUGGACCCUCGAUUCAAAGAUGUACAUUUCAAGACCACCGAUGAACGUAACGCUGCUCAGAAGAAAAUAAUCGACUUGGUUCUACCACCAGCUGACGGAUCUUGUUCUGAUGAUGACGAAGAAUUUUUCGGAGAGGAUCAGCCACCGAAGAAGGUUGCCAAUACAAGUGUAUGGGGUUACCAUGAGGGAAUGGUUCAGCAUCAUAACACCCGAAGGAUAACCAUACGGAAAUCUGAUACAGUGCAGAAGGAAAUCGACAUGUACAUGAAAUGCCCCGUUGAAUCCAUGGAUUGCGAUAUUUUUCGAUAUUGGGAUGAGAAAAAAAACUUAUUUCCAUUCUUAUACCAAGCCGCUCUGAAACUUUUACCACGAAUCGCAACGUCUGUUCCAUCCGAACGUUUGUUUUCAAAAACAGGGCGCAUCCUGAACGAAACACGUACCAGCCUUGAUCCUGAAAGGGUGAAUAGGAUCAUUUUUUUGCACAAUGUCGAUAGUACGACUUUUAAAAACGCAAAGUAA